AUGGCCGUGUCUACUUCCACUCCCUUACUUCCCUUGACUUCAUCUUCUCUUGCUUCUUCUUCUUCCAAACACAACCCACCUUCCUUCCUCAACCACCGCAGGCAUACUCCUUCCAUUGUAGCCGUACAUGCAGCCGAGCCUGCCAAGAAGCCUCAAGCCACUGCGACGACUUCUCCAACGUCGACAAGCACCGUCGGAGUGGGUCAGGGUAAAUGGAGCCUGGAGAGCUGGAAAUCGAAGAAGGCACUGCAGCUGCCGGAAUACCCCAGCCAAGACGAACUGGAAUCGGUGCUUAGGAUCCUGGAGGGCUUCCCCCCUCUUGUGUUCGCCGGAGAAGCAAAAAGCUUGGAGGAAAGACUAGGCCAGGCUGCCAUGGGAAAUGCAUUCCUUCUCCAAGGAGGAGACUGCGCCGAGAGCUUCAAGGAGUUCAAUGCCAUUAACAUACGUGACACCUUCAGGAUCAUUCUCCAGAUGAGCGCCGUUCUCAUGUUCGGAGCACAAAUGCCGGUUAUUCAGGUGGGAAGAAUGGCAGGUCAAUUUGCGAAGCCGAGAUCGCAGCCGAUGGAGGAGAAGAACGGAAUGAAGUUGCCGAGUUACAGAGGAGACAAUGUGAACGGAGAUGCGUUUGACGAGAAGUCGAGGACUCCAGAUCCCCACAGGAUGAUCAGAGCCUAUUGCCAAUCAGCAGCGACUCUGAACCUUCUCAGAGCGUUUGCCACGGGAGGCUAUGCUGCAAUGCAAAGGGUCACCCACUGGAAUCUGGACUUUGCGCAGAAUAGUGAGCAGGGAGACAGGUACCGAGAGCUUGCUCACAGAGUGGACGAAGCACUUGGAUUCAUGGCGGCGGCGGGGCUGACGAUGGAUCAUCCUGUGAUGAAAACGGCGGGGUUCUGGACGUCUCACGAGUGCUUGCUUUUGCCAUAUGAACAGUCUCUCACUCGGUUGGAUUCAACCACCGGUCUCUACUAUGACUGCUCUGCCCACAUGCUUUGGGUUGGGGAACGCACCAGGCAACUAGACGGCGCCCACGUCGAGUUCUUGAGGGGAAUUGCCAAUCCUUUAGGCAUCAAGGUCAGCGAUAAGAUGGAUCCCAACGAGCUGGUUAAACUGAUUGACGUACUGAACCCGGAAAACAAGGCGGGAAGAAUAACAGUGAUCACGAGGAUGGGAGCAGAGAACAUGAGGUUAAAACUGCCGCACCUGAUCAGGGCGGUGCGCAGAGCAGGCCAGAUGGUGACGUGGGUCAGCGAUCCCAUGCACGGAAACACCAUUAAGGCUCCUUGCGGCCUCAAAACUCGCCCCUUCGAUGCCAUCAGGGCGGAGGUGACGGCAUUCUUCGACGUGCACGAACAAGAAGGGAGCCACGCGGGAGGGGUGCAUUUGGAGAUGACCGGACAGAAUGUGACGGAGUGCAUAGGCGGAUCAAGGACGGUGACUUUCGAUGACCUGGCGGCGCGUUACCACACGCACUGCGACCCUCGCCUGAAUGCCUCGCAGUCACUGGAGCUGGCUUUCAUCAUCGCCAACCGCCUCCGAUCCUCUCGGAUUGUCUGUGCUUCUUCCUCCCACGCUCCCCCUCUCUUCCCCAUCUGCCUCUGUAUUAAACACACCUUGUCUUCUGUAACCCCUUCCCCACUUAUUCAUCUUCCUGCUGCGUCUCAGCUCUUAUAG